GCGAAAAUUAAAAUAUCCGUAUAUACAUAGUACAAAAAAAAACCAUCGAAAAAGCCUACUUCUUUCAUUAUGCCUGCUGGAGCUAGUCGGGGAUGUACCGGCAUGCAAAUGCAAUUAAGGAAAGAACUUCUCCAUGUUCUAACUGGCACUGGUUCUACCGUGCGUCCAUGCGUUUUAUUUGUACGAAUUUGAUUAUUAGCGGAUUCGGCUCUAUAAACUCAUUUUAUAGGAAGGAGAAAUGGGUGUAUACAACCCCUUUUCCAAGUCAUCUCCACUGUAAUAACAAACUUCUGAGUAACUUGCAAAUCCAAUGGAACCGAUCUUUUUCUCAAAUUGUCGUAUUCAUGAAAUUGAUGUUAUUGAGUUCCAUUUUCUCUUAAGUUAUUGUCAUAUCCCCAAGCUUCGUUCGACCAUUCUCGCUUUUCGCUCAUGAACGAACCUGAAGUCUUAUAACUCUGUGUUUAAAAGUUUUCACGUUAUUCUACCAGUAGCUCGCUUUCUUUUUGUUGAUAUUCCUUCUCGA